UAUUACUGAGGAUUUUCCAACCCUGGAGAAAGCUACAAUGCUCUGGAUCCCUUUCCAUAUUUGGCGGCUCUGUGAGGAAUACUCUCUCUUUGGGUAUUGCCAUUUGCCCAUCUUUGCCAGCAUGUUCCUGGGCAACCAAUGGGACGGACCCACUGAGUAUAUAAAGUUUUGCUCCUCAAUAGGUGGGCCAGAAGAAUAGGACAUCUCCAAAGCUGACAAAAAAGAAAAUGAUUCCAAAAUAUUUUGCCCUCUUCUUCACUAUAUUAGUCAUUCAUACUGCAAAAGGUGAAGAAACUAAUAUAAGAUCCCCAGCAAGCAGUGAGGAUGCUCAGCCCAUGCAGAGACGUUACUCAGAAGCCACUCUUGCCAGUGACUAUAGCAGAUCAGUCGAUAACAUGCUCAAAAAGAACUUUGUAGACUGGUUGCUGGGCAGAAGAGAGAAGAAAAGCCAAAAUAUUUUGGAUACCACCAAGAGGCAAGCUGAAUUUCAGCUUCCUGAUCUCAACAUGAUCAGAGACACAAUGGACCAAUUUGAAGUGAACAAGGACUUCACAACAUGGCUACAGAAUCAGAACCAACUAAAUAGCUUCCAUGAUGAUGCUAAAGUAAAAAUAUGCCAGGAGACCAUAGAUAUACUCAUGGCAAUGGAUUUGUGCAAAGCUAGAUUCUCAUAAUUGUUUAUGACAUCGUUUAUGACAUCUUCUACAUCAGACAUCAGUAUUUCUGACUUGAUAGGCUGUGUUAAUGUUUGAAGCCUUUACAGUGACAAGAUUUAUAUAUGUAUGUAAACUGCAAACAAUAAAAUAAGUACAUGAGUAACAAA